AUGAGUACUAGUACGACAGUUGUUAUAACUUCUCCUGAGGUUUUACCCGACAUUGGUACGUCUGCACAAACAACAGCAAUUCCGAAAAGCGAAUCAUCUUUAUCCCUACGCUUUGCGUCGACUGCCAAUACAGAUGUGGUUGAUGAAGAGCGUUCUAUUGCAUCAGCAUCCGUUUCAUCAAGUGAUCCACUUAAAUUGCGUCGCAGGCGAAAGUCGGAAGAAGAAAUAAAAACGAAGGGGAAGAAGGUGCAGGAGUUUUAUAGAGAUCAAAAUGAAUUGAUUGAUGAAUUGUUGGGAUCUGUUGUGCAGCAAACAGAAGAAGAGAAACGAGUAGAUUCGUUGAGGCUGUACGCGGCAAUCUCGUCUAGGUCGCUUUCACUGUUUGCUACAAUGGCAGACUCUUUUAUGGAUAUUUUAUCGAAUGGUACUCUUUUAUUUGCCGGAAGAGCUGCACAUGCAACAAACUAUUUAGAAUAUCCUACGGGCAAGGCACGUAUGGAAACUGCUGGAAUUAUUGUAUUUUCUUCUUUCAUGUCCACUGUUUCCAUUCAAUUGCUGAUUGAGGCUGUUAAAACUCUAGUUCACGGUGGCGAAAAAUUUGAUGUUAACACAAUAGCCAUAGUAUGUAUAUGCGUUGCUUUAGUCACCAAGUUUGGGUUAUUCCUAUAUUGCUAUACGCAACGACACUGGCCGACUGCUAAGGUGUUGGCUCAAGAUCAUCGCAACGAUUUGUUGAUAAAUUUUUUUGGUUUGACCAUGUCAUUGCUCGGGGGAAAGCUUAUUUGGUGGCUGGACCCUGUCGGUGCUAUUUUCGUGGCUUUAAUUAUAUUGAGAAGUUGGAUAAUGACCGCCCGCGAUCAAAUACAAUUAAUUGCUGGUAAAAGUGCCGAUCCUGCAAUAUUAAAAAAAUUGACGUACAUGGCUUUAACACAUGAUGAGAGAGUUCUACAAGUCGAUACCUGCCGAGCGUAUUAUUCUGGAAGCAAAUUGUAUGUGGAAGUCGACAUAGUCUUGGACAGAGAAACUCCUCUCUGGAUAGCCCAUGACGUUGGAGAGUCUUUGCAAGUAAAAUUGGAAAGUAUGCCUUUUGUGGAGAGAGCUUUUGUUCACGUUGAUUAUGAAUCGAAUCAUAGACCAGAGCAUCAAAAAGACGUUUAA